CUACCCCUACGACCCCUUGGAUCGCAUCUGGGAUGCAGACGGAGUGAUGGCCACCAGUGGGGGCGCUGCCUCCUCCACACUCAUGUUCGACUACUCAUUCGACUCCUUCGUUUUUGGCACACCGAUUAAUGUCAAGCCGGCCAUAGGAGCCACAGCCACGGCUGCAGCGAGCGCUGAUGCGUCUGGCGUUGGGGAUUCGGUUCCUCCCUUCAUACAGCUCACAGCACGCACAGUGCCACAGGCACCCACAGGGACCAUGGACAGCAGCAGUGGGCUGGAAUAUCAGUUUCAGUUCCUCGAGAGCCCGGCGAGUUUCCAGCUGAUUCUGUACUUUGCGAACGUGGAGGGGCGGGUGAAGAGGGUGGGGGACAUGGUGUUUGAUAUCGUGUUGAAUGAGCAGGUGGUGGUGGGGAGAUUUGAUUUUGUGGAUCUCUACACGCCCGCCGUCCUGCUGCUCAGGCCCGCAGCUACCAGCCGUUUACCGCCAGCUAUAAGCGGCAUCGAGAUGUACGAGGUGUUCCCUGCGGCCAAGCCAACGCCUGCUGCUGAAGUCUCCGCCCUGCGCGAUUUUCAGGCGCUACUGGGGGCGCCAGCGUCACUGGAGGGGUGGCAGGGGUCGGACCCGUGUAACCCCAUCAAGUGGGCGGGCAUUCAGUGCAUUCAGGCACAGGGGGACAGCGAGUCACACGUCAGCGGCAUCUACCUGGGCAACUACAGUCUCCACGGCCCCAUCUCCCCAUCGCUGGCUAACCUCUCCCGCCUCCAACACCUGUGGGUCAAUGACAACGGCCUUGUGAAAGAGAUUCCCAGCUCCCUUGGCGACCUUGGGGAUCUCUCCACGCUUCUACUGCAGAACAACCAACUGCAGGGACAGGUGCCUCAGUCGCUCACCAAUCUCACCAAUCUAGUUCAGCUCCAACCCCAUUGCCUUGCCUUCCCCCGCCGCCCAUUCCCCUCUCUCUGGUGGUGCACGCUGCAGCAACGUGGCAAACAACAGCCUCACGGGAGUGUUCCCCUCUCUUCCUUACCACCUUGCCCUUUUUCCUGUUCCCCUCUCCGUUCCCCUCUCUCUGGUGAUGCACGCUGCAGCAACGUGGCAAACAACAGCCUCACGGGAGUGUUCCCUUUCAACCUGACCACCCAGUUCAUCCAAGUCGUUUCAUCCAACUCGUGUAAGUGGUGCAGUGGGCAGAGGCCCAACUCUCCCCCUCCCUUCCCCCUCCUUCCACCCAGUGCCACGGGCAACGACCUCUGCUCCCCCCAGGGCCUCUACGAUCUCCCCAACUGCGGAGCCCUCCCCCCUCCGCCCCCCCCUCCGUCCUCUCCCCCCGCCCCCCCGCCCGCACCUUCCCCCAUCUCCCCUUCACCCCCUUCCGAGCCCUCGGUUCCUCCCUCUCCUACUGCUGACUCGAGUGGUACUGGGAGAACCGUGCUGAUAGGCUCCGUGGUGGGAUCUCUGUUAGUUGCUGCUAUUGCUUCAGCACUGGUGGUGUGGAUGUAUUUUAGAGGGGUUAGGAAGGACAGGGUGAAGGGCGAGGGUGGGGAGAAGGAGAGGGAGGAGAAGCGGAGUGAAGUGGCAGCAGCAGUGGGAGGUGGAGGGGAGGGUGGGGAUGGGGAUGACGAGGGAUCGGGGAAAAGGAGUGAUGGGUAUGGUGGGGGGAGUGGAAGAGGAGGGGGUUCUGCUCCUGCCUUCACUGCUGCUACAGAUGCAGCCACAGGUGCAGCAGCAGCAGCAGCAGCAGCUACAGCAGCAGCAGCAGCAGCAGCAGCUACAGCAGCAGCAGCAGCAGCAGCAGGAGCAGCGGCGGAGGUGGCACACAACGGACAAAAAGCGCCGCCCAACGGGCUGGCGGUGGAGCCGGCGCCAUUCACUGUGCCGCCCACACACGUGCAGCGGAUGAGCCUGGCAGAGCUGGAGGAGGCCACAGGGGGGUUCUGUGAGGAGCAGAUGAUCGGUGCGGGUGGGUUCGGGCCGGUGUACCGUGGCGUGCUGGCGAAUGGGCGGGUGGUGGCGGUGAAGCGACGUGCGGUGGAUUCUAUGCAGGGGUCGACAGAGUUCAAUAAUGAGCUCAAGUUCCUGUCCAAGAUCCGCCACCCCCACCUGGUGGCGCUGAUUGCCUUCUGUGAGGAGCAGGGGCAGCAGCUGCUGGUGUACGAGUUCAUGGCUCAGGGCAACUUGAGGGAGCACUUAUACGACCGGUUGGGAGCGCCAAGGGGGCGGUUGCGGUGGCUGCAGCGCCUCUCCAUCGCUGUUGGUGCCGCCAAAGGCAUAGAGUACCUGCACGUUGCUCUCCGCCCUUCCAUCAUCCAUCGGGACAUCAAGACCACCAACAUUCUCCUCGACGACAGCCUCUGUGCAAAAGUUGCCGACUUUGGGCUCUCCCGCCUGGGCCCUCAAGACAACACACAUGUUUCCACCAAUGUGAAGGGGACUGCCGGUUACUUGGACCCAGAGUACUACACGGUGCAGCAGCUGACAGACAGGAGUGACGUGUUCAGCUUUGGGGUGGUGCUGCUGGAGCUGGUCAGUGGGCGGCAACCCAUCGACCUCAGCCGUCCACGCGUUGACUGGAACAUCAUUGACUGGGCACGCAAGCACCUGCAGCAGGGGGACAUAGAGGCAAUAGUCGACCCCACACUGCCCCCUUCAGAAUACCUCCUAGAUGCCAUGUGGAAGGUGGCUGAGGUGGGCAUUCUCUGUGUGGAGCCCAUGGGUAUCAACCGACCGAGUAUCAGUGAGGUGGUUCGGGAGCUUGGUGAAGCUGUUGCUAUGGAGUUAUCGAAUACUCCUGAGGGGUAUGACUCUGAGAUUGGGGUGGAUUAUGGGGAUGAGAGGGGGGGAGGGAGAGGGGGAGGUGGGGAGGAAGGAGGAAGGGGUGGAGAGCGGUUGGGCGGCCGACGAGGGUAUUACAACUCGACGCUGACGUUUUCUCGCUCGGGAUCCAACGGUGGAGAUUCGCCGAGAGGGACAGAUGGACGGAGACAAGAUGGCGGUAGGGAGCUUGAGGCUCGGGAUAGGGGGUUUGGGAGAGGGGAGAAUCCGAACAGAGUGGUCCCGGCUGAGCUGGCGAUGAGCUGGCGAGGAGUAGGUGGGGAGGCGUCAGGGGGUAUGAGGGGGGAUGGUGAUGGGAGUGGGGAGAUGUGGGCGGGAGGUGGAGGUGUGAGUGGGGGAGUGAGUCAGGGGGUGAGUGAGGGAGUGAGUGAGGGAAUGAGUGGGAGAGUGAGUGGGAGAGUGGGCUGGGGAGGGUCAAAAGAAGGGGUGGCAGGGAUGGGUGGGGGCGACAGGAGUGGGAGUAGUGCGGGGAGGCACGGGGAGGGAGGAGGGGGUGAAGGGGGAGGAGGAGGAGGGAGCAGAAGAAGGGAGGGAGGAGGAGGAGAGGGAGGGAGUGCGAUGGGGUUCAGAGGACCAGGGAGAGGAGGAGAGAUGUAUAUAAGGAGAGGUGGGUCGUCAGAAGAGCUCGUGUCGGGGAGUGGGGUGCAAGGCGGUGCAAUGCAAGGGGAUUUGAUGAUGGCACAGGCACCACACGGGGAUUACAUGAUGCUCAGGAAGGUGCAUCAAGGGGUCAUGUCGCCGCCCAUUCCACAGGAAAAGCGGCAUUUCUCUGCUGAGGACAAGCCGCGGUUCGCCUCGCCGUUCGGGCAGCCUGGGUUCCAGCCCCGGGCAGGCGGCCGAGAUUUCGAAUCUGCCCGGGAGCCGGUGGGGGGUCACGGUGCGGCGGGGAAUUCGGAGGUUAAGAGGCGAAUGAGUGAAGGGGAAGUGGUGUCCCUCACCCUCGUCCCCGCAGCAUCAGCGCUGCGCUACGUGCAAGCAGAGCUUCCUCCCAAGCUGGACUAUGCUUCGUGUGCGGCGGAGGUGGAGGAGUGGGUGGAUGUCCACAUGGCAGAGACACACCCGGCUUGCAGCUGCAAUGCUUAUGAACUCUUGAAUCACCAACUUCCUUCCCCUCCUCUUCCCCUCUUUCCCCCAUCUCUCUUCACCGUGCCAGUGGUAUCUCUCGCCCUCGUCCCCUCAGCAGCAGCGCUGCGCUACGGACAAGCAGAGCCCCCUCCCAAGCUGGACUAUGCGUUGUGUGCAGCAGAGGUGGAGGAGUGGGUGGAUGUUCAGAUGGCCGAGACAGCGGAGGUGCACCCCUGUCCUCCCUCCUGCCCCUCCCCCCACACCUCCCCUCUUUCUCCAGUGGUGUCGCUCACUCUCGCCCACUCAGCAGCAGCGCUGCGCUAUGGCCAAUCGGAGCCCCCUCCCAGGCUGGACUAUGCGUCUUGUGCGGCGGAGGUGGAGGAGUGGGUGGAUGUCCAGAUGGCAGAGACAGCAGAGGUGCAGUGGCAGCGGGAGGAGCGGGCGGCUAGUGGCGAGAGCCCCAUGCCGCAGACGCUCUUCUUUCUCCAUGUGGCUCGCGCGGGAGGGAGGACGUAUCACCAGUGCUUCCUGAGCACGCUCAUGCCCAGCACCGUGCAGUGCAACAUGUCGUACCAUGUGCUUCGAGACGAUCCCACCAUGGGGUGCCGCCUCCUGGCGACGCACGACGACUACGGCAUGACCACUCAGCUCCCUCCCGGCGCCGCCACAGGCGUCACCACCCUUUUCCGAGAGCCCUUAGACCGAGUGCUGUCCAUGUACGAGUUCUCGGUGCACAUCUCCGGGCGCAGCAUGGGGCUGGACCUGAAGCAGCUGCCGGAUGAGACGCUCUACGCCGCCCGGAGGAAGAUGCGCGAGCACUACAGGAACCUGGUGCCGACGGACACGAGGAACGUGUGGCCAUGGACGCUGCUGUCCGUCACCAUGGAGGAGGACCUGUGGGACCGGCGCGACUUCACAGGCAUCCCCCCUCCACCCCUGGGUUUCGACGAGGGCCGUGACGACAUGUACUCUCAUGCGCACCUCGUGAUGCCUCUGAGGGAUUUCAUCGAGCUGCCCCUGGCGCACGACGUGGUGCACAAUGGUGCAACCUUCCAGCUAGCAGGCAUCACGAACAACAGUGUGCUUCCAGAGGCAAAGCGGCUGAGGCAGUGUGUGCUGCAGCACCCGGACCUGGGAGGGGAUAUGCUGAAGCUCGCCAAGGCACGGGUCGAUGCCCUAAUCCACCUCGGAUUCACCGACCGCAUGGAGGAGUCCAUCGAGCUGCUGCUGGCUGUGAUCGAUCGCUCCCUCUCCUCCCAGGCCUUCACCCUCCCAGGCAAGAACCCCCGGGGGCGGUGCAAGAGGCCCAAGAAGAAGACCAAGGAGGGAGAGAGGCCGUGGAAGAGCAUCAGAGAGCAGUACGCGGAGUGCCUCAAGGAUCAGAUGGAGCUCACUCAGCUGAACGAGCUCAUUGCCUUCCGCCACAUGGGCCCGCUCAAAUUCUCCAGGAAGGAGCGAGCGCGCAUACCAGAAGAUGUUAUGAGGCGCAUCAAGGAGCUGAAUGCUCUUGACUUGGAGCUCACUGAGUAUGCGCGAGACAAGUACACUCAGAUGCUGGACAAGUAUCGCCCCAUGAUGGAAGCAGUUGGAAACCCAUCGACCGACCGCUGCUGA